UUGGUUGACUAAGCGUCUCAAGCAUGAGGCGGAUGAGAAAGUCCCUGCAUCCAAACACUCUGACUCCGCAAAAGGCACUCGGGACGUGGACUUGCAACAAAAGCUAUAUUAAUAUUAUACUAGGAUGAUGAUGAUGAUGUUGAUAUUUGCAUCUCCAAGAGCCCACAACUCCCCAAUCACAUUCACCCACGUCACCAGAAUACAAGAAUCUCCUCCGUCCACCGGCUCACUAGACCAAUCAGGAUGGGCGGGGCCGGGGGCCAACACCUUCCCGGUGGCUACUUGUUUCCACGCGCCUCCACUGAGCCCACGUUCGGCCUGUAUUAUUCCCUUUUUUUUAGCUCUUCGAUAUUUUAAAAAGUUUUCAUGGAACUCCUGUUCCAGUCUCUCUUGUUUGUGCCUCCUCGGAUCCUAUUUCGGAGCCCCGGUUAGAGAACCGUCACCUUAUUUUCUUUCUUCUUUUUUGCUUUCCUGUUGUUUGAAAUCCCAGAUUUUCUUGGAAAAGGACACAAUUCUCAUUCAUUACAGCGAUCUUUACUCAAAACGAGAAUGUCGAAAUCGCCAUGGGGAAACAUCGGCGCAUGGGCGGCCGAAGCCGAGCGCGCCGAGGCCGAGGAGCGUGAAGCCAAAGCCGCCGCUGAUGCCACCACUGCGCAACCACCAACUAGCUUCCCAAGCCUGAAGGAAUCCGUGAGCACCGCGAAGCAGAAGAAGAAAACAAAGAUGACCCUGCAGGAGUUCACGAUGCAACAGUCCACCCAUUCGGCCUCCACCCAGAGCCGUGGCCUGACCCCCGAAGAAAUGCUCCGCCUCCCCACCGGCCCCAAAGAGCGCUCCCCGGAUGAAAUGCAGUACGGAAGGUUGGGCGGUGGGUUUUCUAAUUAUGGGUCACGAGCGGGAUCUGUAGGCUCUAGUACGGGUGGGGGGCGGGAGUAUGAGGGUCGGAGAUCUUAUGGGUUCGAGGAUGAUAACCGGAGGGGGCAACCAAUGCAAUCUAAGGUUUCGGAUUCCUAUCAACCGUCGCGAGCUGAUGAGGUUGAUAAUUGGGGUACCAUGAAGAAAGCCCCAACGGAAUACAGUUCUGGUCAAGUCCGACCAGGCGGGAAGUACAGCUUACUCGGCGGAGGUGGGGGCCCGGGGGUUGCAUCACGGGCCGAUGAAGUUGACAAUUGGGCUUCUGUUAAGAAGCCCAUUUCACAAACACAACCACAAAAUAGAUCUUCGGGCUUCGGCUCGGGCUUCUCCAGGCCUGCGCCUGAUCGUUGGGUCCGUAAUGAACAGAGCUUCGGCUCGGGAUUCUCCAGGCCUGAGCCAGAUCGUUGGACUCGUAAUGAACAGAGAUUAGUUUCAGACUCUUCGAAGAAUGAGGUUGAAGUAGCACCAAAAGUGGGUAAGCCGAAUCCUUUUGGGGCAGCCAGGCCGAGGGAGGAGGUGCUGGCAGAGAAAGGGUUGGAUUGGAAGAAGUUGGAUUCGGAGAUUGAAGUGAAGAAGCAGCAGCAUACAGUUAGUGGUGGCAGUAGUACGCCCACCAGUUCGCAGUCAAGUAGGCAGGGAAGUCCUCGUUCGAGCAGGUCGGAGCCCCACACAGAAGGACCGGGUGAAGGGAUAGUGAAGCAAAAACCAAAAGUAAAUCCAUUUGGGGAUGCCAAGCCUAGAGAAGUUUUGCUUGAGGAGAAGGGCUUGGAUUGGAAGAAGAUUGAUCUUGAGUUGGAGCAUCGCCGAAUCGAGAGGCCAGAGACGGAGGAAGAAAAGAAAAUGAAGGAAGAAAUUGAACAUUUGAAAAAGGAACUGCCACAAAAAUCUGGUGAAGACAGAAGCAGCUUACAUAAUUUAAUACUUAAAAGGGAGCAGGACUUGGAACUGCUGGUCCGUCAGAUGGAUGACAAAGUACGUUACAGCCAGAAGAUCUUUGAGAGGCAGAGUGCUGGAGCUGUUAGGGGUCCUGGAUUUAGUGAUAGACCUCCUUCCCAAUCGGGAUCAUAUGAGGAUCCCAGAGCUGGCUUUAAUGAUCGUCCUUCGGCACCUGGAUCAUAUGAUGAAUCUAUAGCUGGCUAUCCAGAGAGACCUCCUUCUCGACCAGGUGCAUAUGAGGAUUCUAGAGCCGGCUUUGCUGAAAGACCUCCUUCCCGACCUGGAAUGUAUGAAGAUCCUCGGUCUGGCUUUUCUGAGAGGCCCCGUUCAAGGUCGGGAGCCUAUGAAGAGACUAAAUCUGUCUAUCCCCGGAGAUCCUCUUUCACACAUGGAGCAUAUCAAGAGCCUAGAGCUGCAGACUUCAGUGAUAGGCCUCGUUCGCGUGGCUCCGUGAAUUCAUGGACAAGACCGAGUGACGACAGAAGCUCAUUCCAAGGUGGUGGGGGAAGAGGAUUUUCAGGCAGCAGAGAUACAGACAGGUCAGGGUCAAGGUGGUGAAAUCCUGACUGGUUUCUUUGAGUUCUCCUCUGCUCGCCUUCUGACUAGUUAGAAUGAAUAAUACUUUGGCGCCUCUAUUCAUCUUCGCAUAUUUUGCUGUGAGGAAUGGUUUAGAAUUAUUGGAUGCUGGCAUAUAACAUUCUUGCAUUAAUCGUCGCAUCUUGACGAUGUGUAAAAUUCACCUUUUUGCCUUCCUCGUUUCAGUAGUUCGAUCUAGUUUUCAUAUUCUUGUAAGGGACUUUGUAAUGCACAUGCCUCCCUGGUCUUCUCUAUUUUAUCUUGUGCAUUCUUUUA